CGGUCAUGCAACCCAGAGAGAGCUCUGUCACUCAGCACCUUCUUCCCAGAAACCCUCACGGAGCCAUCCUCAUUCGAACUAUUUGGGUUCAUCUGAUUCGACACAAAGUGCAACCCCCACUGCCAGGAGUCAAGGAGGGCGUGCUGACUGGUUGAAGAGCCCUCACCAUGGAUUCCGAUAUCACUACGCUCAUGAUGCGCAAGCUAGGGUCGGGAAAGGACGAGUUUGGCAAGGAAAUGGACACGACGCGGGCGCUCUGGCUUGAUGUUCUGAUGGACGGCAGACCUCGAAAGUCCAACAGCCCGUUGGUCAGCCUACCGGCCGAAAUUCUCGCCGAGAUAUUGGAUGGUAUCGCUGACGACAAGGCAACCCUAGCUGCCCUGGCAUUGGUCAACAGCGACUGCAGACACCUCGCGCGUUCUUGUCAGUUUGCCCACGUGUGUUUCGACUACAGCCCUCGCGCCUGGGAAUUUCUCACCCACGUCGUGAGGAAGCGCAAGACGGAGAGCCGCCUCGGAAUAUACGUCCGCAGAGUGACCAUCAGCCCCCAUCCAGGCUGGGUUAGAGAGACCCAUUCCGAUGCCUUUGAAGCCGUGUUUGGGGACCACAAUUUGCAAGGUGGAAACCGAACAUACCUGCGGUACCGUUCCAUACUCAUGGGGGCAAUUGCCUUGGCCAUGCCUCAUGUCUCGGCAAUUUCUUGGCAUGAUCGACUGAUUGUCCGCGCCGACUUCUUUUAUACUAUCACCCGCUUGAACAUUCAAGAACUUAUACUGCAUGGGCUUACCAUCGACAAGGCUUACCGCAUAGAGCCUCCCCUGUCGCCGCCUUCCUUGCCCCUCCGCCGCCUCUUCCUGAACGAUGUUCACGUGGAAAUAAAACGCGGUGCAGACGAUGGUGCUGGUAUUGGCACGGACACUAGCAUCGAUCCUAUAUCCAUCUUCUUCGCAACACUACUCAGGGGCUGCGCGCCCACGCUCGAGUCGCUAGACUGCCUGCAUGGUCUCUACCAGCAGCACGUGGUCUCUCUUGGCGAUGAACCUCUGUCUUUCCCUUGCCUUCGGCGCCUGGUCGUUCGGUACCUCAAACUGUCGCUACCCUCCAUGAUAGCUCUGCUCAAAGCACCCCUCAGACACCUCGUCGUACCGGAUUGCAAAGGUGUCGACAAGGCUCUCUCGAAAUGCUCGCCCCUACCCUGCCUUGAGACGUUGGUCAUUCCGUCCCUCACGCUAAGCAGGUGGAGAGCCGACGAGAGGUCCAAGUCUCUGGUCGCCCUCCUCGAGGACCACAAACAGAUUCGGAAGCUCUGCGUAGAGCAAGCCGCGUCUGAGGCCCUCGACACCCUAAUCGUCCCCAUCAUAUCGGCAGGCAGCUUCACAAACCUCCGCUCGCUCUCCCUGUCGUGGUCGGGCCCUGGUACUGCCGAAGAAACGCGACCUCAUAUCGCAACAAUCUCCAAUACGUCACUCGCCGCCAUUGGGACAAUCGAAUCACUGGAGCAGCUUUAUCUCAGUGCGGGCGAGAAUGGCGGAUGGCGCCACCAGUGGCUUGUGGACCACGACGAGCUACGUGGGCACCUGAGCGGACUGAAGAGACUGAAAAGGCUAGCCCUUUCCCGCGAUACAUACCUGGAGACGAUCUUUGAGCCGGAGAAGUACUACUCUUAUCGGGUUGCCAGUCCUCAGAUGCGGUACGAUGCGAGGACUCGGCCUGAACUUGACUACCCCGGCGGAACAGCAUUCUAUCAUGAGAGUGAUGAUGACCCAAUGGCCGAUGAUGGUCCUCACCUCGGAGAGCACGAAGAACACUUUCGAUCGCUGAACGCCGAGGAAGUCUGGGAACUCGGUCACCGGAACCGCAUGAUCACACACGUUGAGAAGUACGCGGUUGCCAUUCCUAGUCUGGAGUGGAUGGUCUGCGGGGAGUUCCCUAUGGAGAUUGUUCGUGGAGAUUGGGGCAUAGCGGUCAAUCCUCUGGCUGGUGAAAGGGAUACGUGUUCAACUAUGCUAAACCGUAUGUUUGGGAUGGGGGACCUCGUGAACUGA